CCAUUGAUGUGUGCUAAUGAUGUUAUUAUUAAAGCGAAGAAGGAUUACGGGAUCACUAUUAACUAUCAUGUAGCAUGGAGAGCUAUUGAAGCUAGCGGGAUUUGUAUAUUUGGAGAUGAAGCAUUGUCCUUUUUCAUUCCUCACGUUGUACUUUCGCGAAGCUGGACGUUGUAAUCCCGAUAGUGUUUUCGACGUGGAAGUUGAUGAUGCAAAUAACUCGUUCAAGCGGUGCUUCUUCAGCUUUGGGGCAUCUUUAUCUGGAUUUAAGUUCUGUCGUCAAAUGCUCAUCUUGGAUGGCACAUUUUUGAAAGGAAAAUACAAGGGUGUUCUUCUAAGUGCCAUUGCGAAAGAUGCAAGAAAUGGUCUCUAUCCAGUUGCAUUUGUUAUUGUACGGGAUGAAAAUAUUUCUAAUUGGGAUUAUUUCAUGAAUCAUUUAAGAAUUGCACUUAAUACAUAUAGUGUUUUGACAUUUGUAUCUGAUCGACAACGAGGCAUUUUGGAAGCUGUUAAAAACAUUUUUCCCCAUUUUCAUCAUUCUUUUUGCAUUCUGCAUCUAGAGAAUAAUUUGAAGAAUAGGUUGAGUGGGAUGCCGCCUAAUUACAGGGAUAUGUUAGUAAGACAAUUUACAGCUUGUGCAUAUGCUCCAACCUAAGCAAAUUUUCCAUCAGAAACUUGACAAAUUGAAAUCAAGUGGUUCGAAAAAAGUUAUUGAUUUCUUGUCGAAGUUGCCUUUUGAUAAUUGGGCUUAUGCUUACUCUGAAACUUGUAGGUAUGGUGAGUUAUAUUCGAAUGUAGUAGAGUCAUGGAAUUCUGCAAUGAAGAAAUUCCGACAUCUGCCGAUUACAGAGUUGGUUGACUCCAUUCGGGGAUGGGUAAUGGAUAAAGUAUGUGAAAGGAUUACAGAAUCGAAGGGUAUCAAAACGAUGUAGUGUCCAGAGAUGGAAAAUGUGCUUAACAAUUUUGUGGAUGCUGGAAGGACAUGGAAUGUGAGAAGGUCAACUGCAACAGUUAUUGAAGUGCAUUCAGAUCCGCAUGUUAUUGUGGAUUUGUUUAGUAGAACUUGUACCUGUCGGAUGUGGCAAAUUACUGGUUUCCCUUGCUGCCAUGCAGCUAUUGCGCUCUUUAAUACCCCCGAAACAGAAUGAUAUACAUAUAUUGAUCCCUUGUUUUAUGCGUCGUAUUUCCGUAGCACUUAUUCGUUUCCAAUUCAUCCCUUUUUGGUGGAUUUUGAACAGGUUGAGCAGCCUAUUGUUCGACCUCCUUCUUGCCAGACGCGAAGGGGCAGACCGAAAAGGAAGAGAAUACCAUCUUGUAGUGAGAAUAUUAAGAAAAAAAUCAAGUGUGGGAGAUGUUCUGAGUUUGGUCACCAUAAUAGGAAGUCUUGCAACAAAAAUAUUUGAAUGUAAUAGACUCUGUUUUUCUAGGUGACUCUGUUUUUCUCUGUUUCUCUAGGUGUUUUUUACUGCACAUGACAGUAGUUUUU